AUGGCCUCUGGCGGGCGGCUCCCCUCCCAGCCUCCGUCUCCAGCGGUGAGAUCACAGCCGCGUUUGGGCGAAGCGGCCUGCGGCGUUCCUCUCCCGCAGCCUUGGUGGAACCCGUGGCUCUCCGGGCCGUCACCGAGAGGACCUCGAGCUGCCUGUCCGGCUCUCGGCGUCGCGCCAGGUCCGCAGCUCCCGAGGCCACCUCUCCAGGCCACAACCCUGCGGGUGCCGUGCGACUGGAGAGGCCCUCUGGAUGAGCGCCGGCUGGUCGCCAAUCUGCAACUGGCUCUGGGCCGCGAGGCGCGCCUCUGGCGUGGCGGCCAAUUCCAGGUAGCGGGCCCCGCGGCCGGAGCCUCCCGGGACCACGUUCACCCCCUUCCCCGCGAGCGCACGGGAGACGCGGCCGGGUUCCACCUGCGCCCGCGCCCAGGUGGAGCAGCACCCUGGAGGCGGGGACCUUCACCAGGUGCGUGCCAUGCACGAGGCACCAGGAGGCAGUCUCGAGCCCCUCUAGCAGAGAGGGCGCCUUUCUCCGCUGAGAUCUGCCACAAGGUCCAGGAAGUCGUGUUGUGGCUCCUGGGGCUUCAGAACAUUUUUAACUUCUCCCAAACUACUUUUAACAUGGCUCUCACUACCUUCAGCCGCCUACUGGUUUCAGUAAAGAUAAGAGAGAGAUUACUCCACUGUGUCAUGAUUACUUCCUUGAGACUUGCUGCCAAAUUUAACGAAGAAGAGGAGUUAAUUCCACGCAUAAAAGACUUCAUAAAGCACUAUGGCUCUGGCUAUACCCCGGGCGAGCUGCGGAGGAUGGAGCUGGCUAUUUUGGACAGACUGCACUGGGACCUCUAUAUUGCGGUGCCGCUUGACUUCUUGACCAUAAACUGA